UCCUGUAAGGCGGAGUUUCGGGCUCAAGGUCAAGACAUUAUUUGGGGCCAAGAAGCCCCAGUUUUCCGGGACACCUUGGCUCCUGCUUCUCCCAAGGCCCUCUGGAGAAGGUGUACUUCUCAUCUGGAAUACUUUUCCUUUUUAAGUCGCCAUUUUCACUUAGGAAUUAAUGUUUUCCUUUGGGUGUUUUGAAAAUGACUCUGAAUUAAGGGCAUGCUAACAUUUUUUUACCCCCUAAAUUGUUAACAGCUGUGGACUACUGAAGAUGGUGCGCUUCUCUUCCAGUGUGAUUUUGAUCAUGGCCUUUUCCAAAGCUUUUGAACUGGGAUUAGUUGUGGGGUUGGGCCAUGAACUUACACAUCCACCUCAGAAAGACCUGUCCUUCAGAAACGACAGCAUUCAGUCCCAGGAGGCACCUGCAGUUCGUCCUCCAUCUCUCCAGUUCGUGCCAUCCAUGGAAAUACAGCACAGUAAGGAGCAAAACAGAACCUGCUGUCUGAAUGGGGGAACCUGCAUGCUGGGGUCCUUUUGUGCCUGUCCCCACUUUUUCUAUGGACGGAACUGCGAGUAUGAUGUGCGCAAAGAGAGCUGCGAUUCUGUGCCCCAUGACACCUGGCUGCCCAGGAAGUGCUCCAUGUGUAAAUGUUGGCGUGGCCAAUUCCGCUGCUUUCCUCAGACAUUUCUACCUGGGUGUGGCGGCCACGUGGUGGAUGAGCACCCAGAGGCUUCCCGAACUCCAGAAAUACCACUGUCUGCACGGAUCAUUUUUAUGUUAGCUAGCAUCUGCUUUUCUAUACAAAGUUACUAUUAGUGGAUAUUUGACUUUUUCUGGAAAUAGAAGCAUAGAUACCAUGCAUAUUUCAUGACCAGCAAGGUCUUCUGCUCCAGUGUCCUAACUGAAAGAUGAUCAUUUGUUAGUUGCCUUGAAAUAAUGAAUAUAUUUCUUUGUGGCGGGCACCUGUAGUCCCAGCUAUUCGGGAGGCUGAGGCAAGAGAAUCGCUUAAGCCCAGGAGUUGGAGGUUGCUGUGAGCUGUGUGAGGCCACGGCACUCUACCGAGGGCCAUAAAGUGAGACUCUGUCUCUACAAAAAAAA